AUGCCUGAGGUGCAGCAAACUGAACAACUAAUGGAGGUGCAACAUGCUGAGGUACGUAUUUCUGAUACUCAACAAGAUAAGAUGCAAGCUGAGGAAGAUGGUUUUAGUUCCCCUACUAAGACAGCAAGACGAAAUGCCCAGGAUAGCAUAACGGAUCCUCUUGAGACUUCAAAUAUGUUUGAGACUGGAACCGAAGAGGUGGAAGAAGAGGUUGAAAACAUUUUUACUGAGGAUGAACUUUUUCCAACUGCAUUAUCUACUGGAAUAGUGGAGAUUGAAACAGCUAAGGGUGGUAGGACGAUUAAGGAAAUUUAUGUGAAUGAGUUUAGAAGCUGGAUUUCUGAUAAUGGGCUGGUUGAGGCUGAUGCCAUUGGAAAAAAAUAUACCUGGUCUAAUUGUCGUAGUGGUAAUGAGCGAAUUGUUUCUAAACAUGAUAGAGCUGUUGUGAAUGAUGCUUGGCUUUAUAAGUAUGAGAAUUGGAGGUGUAAGGCCUUGCCUAGAAUUUGCUCAGAUCAUUCUCCUCUUUUUGGGUUGAAAGAGGCAUUGAAGGUUUGGAAUAGAACAGUUUUUGGUGAGAUUCAAUUUCGAUUGAAGCAAGCUGGGUUAAAACUUGAAUCCGAGAGUGAUCUUUUGGAUUUAGAUCCUGGCGUUGAGUUGCAGUUUGUCAAGAUUUCGGAUGCUAAAAAGGCUGUUGAGGAUGUGAGAACGGAGUUGGCAGUUAUGCUUAAGAUGAAGUCGUGUAUAACCUGGUUGGAGGAUGGUGACCAAAAUACGCGGUUUUUCCACAAUAGCAUUCGCAUGAGGAGGAGUCAAAAUACCAUCUCUGAACUUAAAAUUUCAUAUAACUCUACUUUGUUUUUGCAGGAUGAGAUAAAAGAUUACAUUGUAGAUCACUAUCAUGCAAAAUUCAAUGGUGGCGAAGUUAAUACUGACCCAAGGCUGUUUGAUAUUGAUCAUGAGAGCAUAAGCGCCACUGAAAGUGCGUCCAUGGAUGCCAUUCCUCCAUUGGAGGAAAAUAAAGAAGCGGCUUUUGAUUUGGGUGCGGAUUCUGCGCCUGGCCCUGAUGGAUUUUCUGGAUCUUUCUACAGGCAUUGCUGGAACAUUAUUUCUAAGGAUAUUUACAAUGCCAUUGCUAAUUGUUGGUCUAUGCGUAAAUUCCCAAUGGCAUAA